CUGGAUGAGUUAAACAUAGUGUUCUCUGUACCUCCUAAGUGUAUUCUAGAGAAGGAUACAUCUGGAGUGAAUCCUGGAGGUAAUUGGCUUCCUGGUGCUUACUUGAAUCCUGCUAGAAAUUGUUUGACUCAUGGUUUCAAGAGAAGAUUGGAUGAUGUUGUGAUUCGAUGGCGUGACGAAGGCAGCGAUGAUCUUCCUGUUAAUACCAUGACGCUUCUCGAGUUACGAUCACAUGUCUGGUUGGUUGCACAUGCUCUUAGUGCUUUGGAUUUGGAGGAUGAGUCAGCGAUUGCGGUUGAUAUGCCUAUGAAUGUUGAGUCUGUGAUCAUAUACCUUGCCAUUGUCUUAGCUGGCCAUGUUGUUGUUUCCAUUGCCGAUAGUUUCUCUCCUCGUGAAAUAUCAACACGGCUUAAAAUUUCAAAAGCGAAAGCCAUCUUUACUCAGGAUGUGAUCAUUCGUGGUGAUAAAAGUAUUCCCCUCUAUAGAAGAGUCGUUGAUGCAGAAGCACCUCUGGCAAUUGUUGUCCCAGCUAGAGGCUCUAGCUGCAGAACACAGUUGCGUGAGAAGGAUUUGUCUUGGAACAACUUUUUGGGGAAUGCAAGAAGUUUGAGAGGCGUGGAAUAUGUUGCUGUAGAGAAACCAGCUGGAGCUUACACAAACAUCCUUUUCUCAUCAGGAACCACUGGUGAGCCAAAGGCUAUUCCAUGGACGAACAUUUCACCUCUGAAAUCUGCUGCUGAUGCUUGGUGCCACUUGGAUGUUCGUCGGGGUGAUGUUAUUGCUUGGCCGACCAACCUUGGGUGGAUGAUGGGUCCAUGGCUUGUUUAUGCUUCCUUGAUAAACGGGGCUUGCAUGGGAUUAUACAAUGGAUCACCUCUUGGUCCUGCGUUUGCCAAGUUUGUGCAGGAUGCCGAGGUAUCAGCUCUAGGCGUGAUACCAAGCAUUGUCCGGACAUGGCAAAACUCGAACUCUACUUCUGGCUAUGACUGGUCACGAAUCCGUUGUUUUGGUUCCACUGGUGAAGCUUCAAAUGUAGAUGAGUAUUUAUGGCUGAUGGGCAGAGCACAUUACAAACCUGUAAUUGAGUAUUGUGGCGGAACUGAGAUUGGAGGCAGUUUUAUCACAGGUUCUUUGCUUCAACCUCAGUCAUUGUCUGCUUUUAGCACAGCUGCCAUGGGUUGCAAGCUUUUCAUUCUUGGUGAAGAUGGCAAUCCAAUUCCUCCAUACGCACCGGGAGUAGGUGAAUUGGCUCUUUGCCCGCACAUAUUUGGAGCUUCAACCACUCUCCUGAACGGGAAUCACUACAAAGUUUACUUCGAAGGAAUGCCCACCUUCCAAGGACAGAUUUUACGAAGACACGGAGAUUUAUUUGAACGGACCUCAAAAGGACACUACCGUGCUCACGGACGUGCUGAUGACACAAUGAAUCUUGGUGGCAUAAAGGUCGGUUCUAUUGAGAUCGAACGAGUGUGUAACUGCGUUGAUGACAAUGUUCUGGAGACAGCAGCGAUUGGUGUUCCUCCUCCAAGUGGUGGUCCUGAGCAGCUAGUAAUCGCUGUUGUGUUCAAGAAUUCGGAGUUAUCAAAUAACGAUUUGAGCCUCUUGAAGAAAACCUUCAACUCUGAGAUACAAAAGAAACUGAAUCCAUUGUUCAAGGUAUCAUCUGUUGUGACUCUGCCUUCUUUACCGAGGACGGCAACAAAUAAGGUUAUGAGAAGAGUUCUAAGGCAACAGCUUACUCAGACCGGUGUACUAAACUCAAAGCUAUGAGAGGCAUAUUGCUCUCCAAUACCAAUUGUUGGUUUGCCAAUUCACAUAAAAACCACAUUUGUAGUCUUUAUUGUAAAAUCCACAUUCCAUGUAUUGUCUGUAUCAAUAAUAAAUGAUCUCAAAUCACAUAAAUAAAGGGAGAAUCUUAGUUUGUACAUA